ACCACCAUAUGGUUAUUGGGUCAGCAGCAAGUGUUUGAAGAAAAAUAAUUAAGUGUUGAUAUUGAAAUUAUCGCAAAAAGAGAAAUAAAAAAUAAAGCAUUCGAAUUAAAAAGCUAUUAUAAUUUACCAAAUGAUUUUAAAAGGAAUCCAACCACAACCAUCAAAGUCCAAGAAACAUUCCAUGUGCCAAUUAAUUGCAAUCAAGACCAGAGUUAAAAAAAGAAAAUAUUCACUUUCAAAGCAUCAAGUCCUGCUUCAUUGUACGACACCACCACCAACAUCAUCAUCAUCGGCGUCGCCAUCUACCCGCAGCAAAUACAACCAGAUCUCCUCCAAUAGUUGUUGCUACAACAGCAUUCCGUUCUGUGUGAAACCAAGAUGAUGACUACAACCAAUACGAAUGGAGAUUCUUCGAAUCAACAUUUGACUUGUGCAGAUGAGGAUAAUUUGAUAUCAAAUUUCUCCAUAGCCGAGACAUCAGUUCCCAUUAAGCGCCGGAAAUUCUUUAAUCGUCAAUCACUUUUGGUCUCACUCGUUGUAAUUGCAUUUCUUUUCACUCUCCAAAUUGAUCUGAUUCGCGGGGCAUUUGAGGAUGUCAAUAAUAGCAAGGUGAAAAUUGCCAAACGUAGUUUGGAAUUGACCCAAACCAUUAAUUUGCAGCGCCAGGAAUAUUUACAAAAACAAUGUGAUUCGUUGGGUUAUAGCCAACAGGAUAUCAAUGAUUUAACCGAGGAACAAAUGGAGCACAUGAUUGUGGAUAAGGAUUUGAAAUUUUUGUACUGCUAUGUACCAAAGGUUGCCUGUACGAAUUGGAAACGUGUCUUGAUGCUACUUAAAGGUAUCUGGCAAAAUGGUACCGAUCCCCUGCGCAUACCCGGUUCGUUGGCACACUCAGAUGGCAUCUUUACGAAAUUCAAUAGCCUAGAUGAAGAGGAACGACAAAAGGUGAUGUCCGAAUACACUCGUUUCAUAUUUGUACGGCACCCCUUCGAAAGAAUAUUGUCUGCCUAUCGCAAUAAAUUGGAGGGUAAUGCACCGAGUACUAAAUAUUUUCAACAUCGCAUUGGUCGGCAAAUUGUCCGAGGAAUACGUGUCGAUCCGAGCAAUCAUUCGCUGGAAUAUGGUGAUGAUGUUUCAUUUGGAGAAUUUGUACAGUACCUUCUAACGCCCUCCUUGAGUCUGAACAAUCAAUCGACCUAUAAUGAGCACUGGGAGCCUAUAUCGAGAUUAUGUAAUCCAUGUGUUAUGAAAUAUAAUGUCAUUGGAAAAUAUGAAACCCUUUUGGAUGAUUCUGCCUUGGCUCUCUACUUAACCGGUGCUGAAAAUGUCACAUUUCCCUCCGGCCACAAACCUUCGAAUACUCGUUCCUAUUUGCGUAAAUACUUUGAUCCUUUACCGAUCAGUGCCAUUCGGCAUUUGUAUGAAAUCUAUGCGGAUGAUUUUAAACUUUUCGACUAUGGUUUAGAUGAUGUUUUAGGUUUUGAAUUUGGUUAAAAUUGAACAUUGUUGUUUUAGUGUUAAGUAGGAAGAUUAUUACAUACUUAUAGUAAUAUUACUGCGAUCUAAUAGAACAAAGGUGUAAUUACGUAAGCAAUUUAAAUUACACGGUGCUACUAGAUUGAAACAUUGCAAAGUCAACCACAAAAAGUUGAUUUAGGAUGACUUUAAUAAGAUUAUCAUGCUUUUAGCACCGUAUUCUAUCUAAUUCCCAAAAAUAGCUUUAAUCGUAUAUUUUUAAGAAUACAUUUGUUUUUCUUUCCUAUCAUGUUUCUUGUAAGUAUAUUAUACACAAUUCUAUGGUUUAAAGAUAGACAUAAUAUUAUAGUACGAUUUAUAUUUAUACAGGGUAGCUCAUUAAAUUCGAAUUUUUGUAUAGAAAACCAUUCACAUUUUCAUCUAAAAUAAUGAACAAAAAAAAUCAAAACAAUUAACACUUUCAUAACUUCGAUAAUACAAUCUAUAUGUAAAUUUACAAACCUUUUAGAACCCUUACAAAUGCUCUCUCUGUAAACUUAA